UGACUCUCUCCCACGAUCCACAACACAAGUGGAGUGGAAAGGCAAAGGCCCUGAAUGCCGAAGCCCUAAAUGCUUCUCACAGACGGAGAGCGACUGUGAGUGGGGAGGUGGCGAGGUGCGUUUCUUUUCUCUCUGUCUAUGGUUCCCGGCGACUAAAUCUUCUCCAAUUUUCCGACUUUGAUCCUGCUCAGAUAUUGUGAAUUCUAGGAUUUCCUCUACAACAAGAUGGACAGAAACAAGUCAGGAUCUUUCAAGAAACGUCCUCAUGCCCAAUUUAAAAAGAAAAAGGGCAAUAAAAAAGGAAAAAGACAGAAUUUUAACCAAAAUAUCAACUAUGACCAAAAUAUUGGUGCUGCAGACACUGUCUUUCGUAUUCUUUGUCCAAGUAGAAAGAUUGGUGGUGUUAUUGGAAAAGGUGGUAGCAUAAUCAAUGCCCUGAGAGAUGAGACUCGUGCAAAAAUUAGGGUUGCUGAAUCUGUUCCUGGCUCAGAUGAGAGAGUAAUAAUCAUUUCUAGCUCUGCUACAAGAAAGCCUAGAAGAUAUAAUACUAAUGAAGAUACUGAGGAGGAGGAGGAGGAUGAUGAUGAUGAUGUUCUCACUGAGAAAGAAUAUGAGCUCAUGCAGCCACAUUGUCCCGCCCAGGAUGCUCUCUUGAAAGUUCAUGAAAGGAUAUGUGAGGAGGAUGAGCUAUUUGGUGGUGCCACAUUUGAAGAUAAUAAUGAAAAUGAUGUAGUCACUGCGCGCCUUCUUGUUCCAAACAAUCAAGUUGGAUGUCUUCUAGGCAAAGGUGGAACCAUCAUUCAAAAAUUGAGAACUGAUACUAAUGCCAAUAUCCGUAUCCUUCCUGCAGACCACCUCCCAGCUUGCGCUAUGAGCACUGAUGAACUAGUGCAGAUAUCCGGAACAUCAACUGUGACAAAGAGAGCUCUCCAUGAAGUUUCCACUCUUUUGCACCAGAAUCCACGGAAAGACAAUCCUCCUUCAAGUUAUCCCAUAUCCUCUGGUGGCCCAGGUUUUUAUCCUCCAGGUGGUCCCGUGGCACCCCAAGGGAAUCCAAUGUGGCAUCACCAGGGUGCCCAUGGUACACCAUCAAUGCCAUGGGGUGGUGGAUAUGGAAACCAGUCUGGAUUUAUGCAUGGUGGUUUUGGAAAUUCUGAGGAAGCAUCAGAGGAGUUUUCUAUGAAAAUUUUGUGCCCAGCUGAUAAAAUUGGUGGGAUUAUUGGCAAGGGUGGCAGUAAUGUAAAACAGUUGCAGCAGGAGACAGGAGCUAACAUUCAAGUUGAUGACACAAUGCCUGAUGUAGAUGAACGUGCAAUUGUUGUCUCUGCUUUUGAGGCUCUAUGGAAUCCAAGAUCUUCAACCAUUGAGGCAAUUCUUCAGCUUCAAAGCAAAACAAGUGAAAUGUCUGAGAAAGGUAUCAUUACAACAAGAUUACUUGUUCCAUCAAGUAAGGUGGGUUGCCUCCUUGGACAGGGAGGUCAUGUGAUUACUGAGAUGAGAAGACGAACACAAGCAGAUAUACGUGUUUACUCCAAGGAUGGUAAGCCCAAGUGUGCAUCUGCAGAUGAAGAACUUGUCCAGAUAUCUGGAAGUUUUGCCAUCGCUAGAGAUGCUCUAUCAGAGAUUGCAUCAAGGCUUAGAGUCAGAAGUCUUCGAGGCUCAAAUGCUGCCGCAGAACCUCCUCCAAUAGUGCCUUUCCAGGGAUUUGGUCCCUCAGGGAACUUCCCAGGAAGAGGUCCAACAGGUCCAUCAGGCCCACCUGGUCCACCGGUUCCACCAGGUCCACCAGUUCCUCCACCAUCUGGCAUGAUAGGAUCUGGCAGUUCUAGUGGAUAUGAACACAUGAAGGGUGUUGGAGGUGAAUAUGAAGCUCCAAGUUAUCCAUCUCAGCCUAAUGCUACUGGAUACCAAAAUGUUAACAACCCUAUGGAGGUUAAGAUUCCAAACAAUGCAGUGGGUUCUGUUAUUGGAACAGGUGGAAGCAACAUUUCUAAUAUUCGUGAGAUUUCUGGAGCAAGAGUAAAGCUGCAGGAUCCUCAGGCGGGUGGUUCAGAAUGCGUUGUUGAGAUCCAUGGGUCUUCUGAGCAAAUGAACACGGCACAGAAUCUCCUUCAGGCCUUCAUAGCCUCGGCUGUACAAAACUACAAUGCACAGCAAGCGUCCUAUCAAUAGUGUUAUUCAGUUUUUCAGGGGAGUGCUUUUGUACCAUAACGUAAUCUUGUUAUCUUGGCAUUCCUUUGUGGGGUGCUAGCAGGCUAAUUUGUGGACAAAAUGGAUUCCCAUUAAAUCGACAAACUAUUUAUUGCAGGGAAACCGGCAAACUUUGAAGAUGAUUUAGGUGUACUAAAAAUUUUUAACCUUCGUUUUCUCACUCACAUGGAUUAAAACUAGUAGUGUCAGACUUUUCAGGAGGUACA